AUGUCUCCGCAGACCGGCACGUUAAGCCCUAUAUACCAACUUCCGCAGGGUUUCCUCCCUACGUCCACACAAGACAGGACCGGGGCACCCGACUCGCUGAAGAGCACCUUGUCUAUCCCACCAUCUACCUCCUUAGCCAACACGAGCCAGGUUCAGCCGCCGUCAGGCCCCACCUUGCCUACAGUCACACAUUCCUCCAUUGAACCCUCUGCUGGACCUACAAGAGUGGCUCCCCAGUUCACCGCGACUUCUGCGACCACCAUUACCACGACUCUGGAGAUCACGGCGCUCAGUUCACCGGAAAUGUCCCGUGCUUCGGCCGCUAGUCCCGAUACGAGCUCCCAUCCGCCGACAUCUUCCAGUGGCGCCUCAUCGUUUCUCCAGACGCCAGCCCCUCCUUCCAUUACGGACUCAGCCCCCUCCCACCCCAUCUCGUCAAUAUCCACUCCGGCCCUUGCAGGAACCAUUGUGUCCUCCAUACUCACCACUGCCAUGGGAGUCGCUUUGCUCCGUUCCUGGGUGCGUCGACGGCGAGCCCGCACCCGCAGGCUGCCUUCGCCGCCGAACAACACCUCCGGAUCGAACACUAGCGAUCCCUUCCUCUCUGCUAAUGUCCCGGUAAUGCGCUCGCGGUCGCAUGUUCCUUCCAAGGCUCAGGCCGACGACAGCGUCCCCGAGACUCACUCGCGCGCCCAUUCCCUCGUGUCAGGAAGCUCAUGUGGUGCGCGCUAUGGUAGCGUACCGAGUUUGGAACCUUCGCCCUCAUCCCGGUCGCUACUCGCCGUUCGCGCGGACCCCAAAGACUGCGAACACCAUGGGCAGGAGCUCCCUACUCUCCCUCCGCCGAUCCCCGUACCAUCCUCAACAGAGCAGAUUCCGGACACCUCCGACAUUCACGCCGUGCCUCAGGGCGCUUCCACGGCUGCGCCUGGACAGGAAACGGCGACGGAUGCACAUAUUACCGAGCGGUUUCUCAAUCUCACGCUCCCAUGGGUGUUUGGUCAGCGCGUGCUAGCUAUGAUGGCGGAUGGGGACUCGCAUUCUGUGGAUAGUGAUGGCUCUGAGCCACUGCCUGCGUACGAGCCGCACAGAUAG